UGGUCACUCUCGUUUUAACAGCUGACCGUAUCAGAAAAGACCCAUUUUUUAAUUUUUGGUUUGUUUUCCCAUCGAUUUCUGGAAUUCGACGUGCAUCAUAUGUAAAAUGAGCAAGCAACGCAACAAGGAGCAUGAACUGGAACAGCAACGCACCGGUCACGAGGGGGACACUAAAAUGAGCGACCGCAACUUAUCCAAAACGAAGAAGAUUAAGCAAAGGGCGACCGCCGAUUCCUCUAGUUCAUCAGAUUCCUCCAAUGAAAGCAAAAAAUCUAAUCACAGCUCCCUGUCGCCUAACAGAAAGCAGCGGACAGCCGGUAAGCGACAAAGAGACUCCUCUCAAUCGCAGGAGAAACGCCACAAGCAGUUAACACAUCCGUCGGAGGACGUACAUGAACAGCGCUCUAAGUGGGACAGUCCGGAACGCAGCAACUCCCAUCGCAACAGUACAAGGCAGCGCCGGAACACUCGGAGUCGCUCAAGGGAGCGUAGCGAGAGAGAACGGGAUAGGGAUUGUGAGCGAAACAAAGAGCGGGACUAUAACAUGCAAUCCAGCAAGGAGCGCUGGCAGCGUUCGCCUGCUCUGCGGCAUCGUUCAAGGAGCAGCGAACGCAAAAAUAGGGAGCGUGAUCGCCAGCGGAGGCCUACUGAAAGGCGCCCGGUUCGCCGUAGUCAAAGUCCACGAGAUCGGUGCCACGGCGGGCGGGAUCUUGACCAGAGACGCCAACGAAAUCAGCGUCACAACAACAGCAACAAGAAUGAGGAUGAUCACUACGUCUGGGGAAAGGAAGUCGACGAAAAAGUGCCAGCCGAGAACGACGUGCCGGUGGACAAGGAAAAGCCCAACUUCGGACUAAGUGGCGCGUUAACAGAGGACACUAAUAAGUUAAACGGUGUGGUGGUUAAAUACUCUGAGCCCCCGGAGGCACGCAAGCCCAAACGGCGCUGGAGAUUGUACCCGUUCAAGGGCGAAACAGCAUUGCCCACGCUCCAUAUUCAUCGGCAGAGUUGCUUUCUGGUUGGACGCGAUCGAAAAGUGGUCGAUCUGGCAGUGGAUCAUCCUAGUUGCUCCAAACAACACGCAGCCCUGCAAUAUCGACUGGUGCCCUUCGAGCGGGAAGAUGGUAGUCACGGAAAACGCGUGCGAUUGUACCUUAUCGAUCUGGAUUCGGCAAACGGAACGUUUCUCAACAACAAGAAGAUCGAUGCCAGGAAGUACUACGAGCUUAUAGAGAAGGACGUCAUCAAGUUCGGAUUUAGUUCGCGCGAGUAUGUUCUGCUCCACGAAAACAGUAAAGAGGACCAGGAGGACGAUGAUGUGCAUAUCAAGGAUGAGCCGCACGAUGCACCAACGGAAGUGGCAAAUCCCUAGAUGACAUUUGUGUCAUUAUGGUUUAAUAUGUUUACUCCAAAACCAUUUGAAUGUAUCGCGUUUUGUACCCCCAAACCUUCGCCGAAAGAUAUGUAAAAAAUCUGCUACGGAACACGGCCAACACAAAAAUAAAUUCUCACACAC